AUGGAGGCCUGGAGCCCACCCCGCUCUGCAUCCCUGCGGCUGGUGGGUGGAGAGAGCCGCUGCGAUGGGCGAGUGGAGAUCUUCCAGCACGGAACAUGGAGCAGAGUCCUGGACGACCAGUGGGACGAGCAGGAGGCCAGCGUGGUGUGCCGGCAGCUGCAGUGUGGAGAGGCAGAGGGAGCCUACAACCCCCCAAAGCCGGAGAGAGGGACGGGUCCCGUGGGGCUGCGACGGGUGCGGUGCACAGGGCACGAGGACAGCCUGACCCUCUGCAACACCUCGGUGCCGGAGAGUGCGCUGGCAGCAGGGGUGGCAGAGGAUGUGGGGGUUGUUUGCCGGGGGAGCCGGCGGGUGCGGCUGGCAAAUGGGCAAGGGCGCUGCGCCGGGAGAGUGGAGAUCUACCACCAGGGCAGCUGGGGCACCGUCUGCGAUGACGGCUGGGACCUGCCCGAUGCCACUGUUGUGUGCCGCCAGCUGGGCUGCGGGGGAGCGGUGGAGGCGUCUGAUUCCGCUCGGUUUGGGGAAGGCUCCGGGCAGAUCUGGCUGGACGGCGUAAGCUGCUCCGGGGCUGAAGGAGCUCUCUGGGACUGCCCAGUGGAGGCCUGGGGGCAGCAUGACUGCGGGCACAAAGAGGAUGCAGGAGUCAUCUGCUCAGAGUUCGUUGCCCUAAGGCUGGAGAACAGCACUGGCUGCUCUGGGCACCUGCAGGUUCUCUAUAAUGGGACAUGGGGCAGCGUUUGCUCCACCUCGAUGACUUCCAAAGAGGUGUCGCUGGCAUGCAAGGAACUUGGCUGUGGGGACAGAGGGUUCCUUGAUACACAAGGGACCUCUGACACGCUGUCUGGUGUCACCUGGCUGGAUCACGUGGAGUGCGGGGAGAGACACAGCUCCUUCUGGCAGUGUCUCUCUGACCCCUGGGACACACAGUCAUGCAAUGACCCGCGAGAUGUGACCCACAUCUCCUGCAAUGGGAUGCAGCCAGAAGUGCUCCCAGCCUUGGGGACCGAGUGCCCGAGCUCCACCAGCUGCACAGACAGGGAGAAGAUCCGUGCCAUAGG